CUGCAAACCUCCAACACUCAGUUUUCUGAAAGAGUGACGGACAGAUUCCGAAAAUGGCGUCCUUCAGAAUUCUGUCAAAAUCAGAGCAAUUUCAUAGAAAUAUAUCUUCAGUGAGAAGACAAAAAGGAGUACUGUCUAUGCAGUAUGGCAAGUGUGUUCCUCACCCUCGGGUGUGUGGCUGUUGCUUCUCCACCUCCUGCCCCAGGGAUGCCCGCUUCUUUACCGACCCCACAGAGGCAGUGAAAGACAUCCCAGACGGCUCCACUCUACUAGUCGGGGGGUUUGGUUUGUGUGGAAUACCCGAGAAUCUGAUUGGGAGUUUAUUGAAGACUGGAGUGAAAGGUAUCACAGCAGUCAGCAACAACGCUGGUGUGGAUAAUUUUGGUCUUGGUCUGCUGCUGAGGACCAAGCAGAUCAAGCGGAUGAUUUCCUCCUACGUUGGAGAGAAUGCAGAGUUUGAGAGACAGUACCUUUCAGGGGAACUGGAGGUGGAGCUAACGCCUCAGGGUACCCUGGCAGAGAGGGUACGUGCCGGCGGUGCUGGGGUCCCUGCCUUCUUCACGCCCACUGGGUAUGGCACACUGAUCCAGGAGGGAGGCUCACCCAUCAAAUACAACACAGACGGCAGUGUGGCCAUCGCUAGCAAGAAGAGAGAGGUGAGGGAGUUCAAUGGCAUCCACUAUGUCAUGGAGAGAGCCAUCACAGGGGACUUUGCUUUGAUCAAGGCCUGGAAAGCUGAUCGAGCCGGUAACAUUGUGUUCAGAAAAACAGCACGGAACUUCAACCAGCCCAUGUGUAAAGCAGCUAAAGUCACCGUAGUGGAGGUAGAAGAGAUUGUAGAUGUGGGGACCUUUGCUCCAGAAGAUAUCCAUGUCCCCAGCAUCUAUGUUGACAGGAUUGUGAAGGGGGCAGUCUAUGAGAAGAGGAUAGAGAAGAGAACGGUCCAGAAAGGCUCUUUGGAGACACCCAAACCCAAGAGGAAGGCAGACCUGCUCCGAGAGAGGAUCAUCAGGAGAGCAGCACUGGAGUUCCAGGAUGGGAUGUAUGCAAACCUUGGUAUUGGGAUCCCCAUGCUGGCCAGCAACUUCAUCAACUCUGACAUCACUGUGCACCUACAGAGUGAGAAUGGACUUCUGGGCCUGGGUCCUUAUCCCACCGAAAGUGAGGUAGACCCAGACCUUAUCAAUGCAGGUAAAGAGGUUGUAACUGUGGUUCCUGGAGCCGCGUUUUUCUCCAGUGAUGAAUCAUUUGCUAUGAUCAGGGGUGGCCACAUUGACCUGACCAUGUUGGGGGCCAUGCAGGUGUCUAAGUAUGGGGACCUGGCCAACUGGAUGAUCCCGGGAAAGAUGGUGAAAGGAAUGGGAGGGGCUAUGGACCUAGUGGCAAGUGCAGGAACCAAAGUGGUGGUGACCAUGGAGCAUUCUGCUAAGGGGGACAAACACAAAAUCCUGGAGAGUUGUACUCUCCCACUGACCGGGAAGCAGUGUGUGGAUAGGAUCAUCACUGAAAAGGCAGUUUUUGAUGUUGACAAGGCCAGCGGCCUCACUCUCAUAGAGAUCUGGGAGGGGCUGAUUCCUGAUGACAUCAGAGCUUGCACUGGCACAGACUUUGCUGUAUCCCCAAAUCUAAGACCAAUGCAGCAGAUCUGAACCCAGUGACUCCAAACCUUUCUGCAGUGCACAUAAUCCUUCUUUUAACAUUCCACGUGACCAUAGUGCUACAAUUGCAUGUACACAACAACUCUGGGAGAGAGGUAUAAAUAGAUCUGCAGACUUGAAGGUAUUGACAGUUAAGAGUCAGUCGGCUACAACGUGCCUGUGACUUACAAUAGAAUCAGCUUGCUGAAGUCUAGGUCUACAAUGCAAUGACUGGUCAUUCCAAGCUGUAUAUGGUAUGAUCCAUGGCAGAUUGUUUUACUCUUAAAAUGGCAUAACUAAAUUUGUUUGAGUUUCAUAAUUUUACAGAGACACUCAAGUGCUAAGUAUUUUUUUUUGGUUCAGGAUUGGAUGAUAUCAAAUCAAAUUGAUUUGUCACAUACACAUGGUUAGCAGAUGUUAAUGCGAAGUGUAGCGAAAUGCUUGUGCUUCUAGUUCCGACAAUGCAGUAAUAACCAACGAGUAAUCUAACAAUUCCAAAACUACUACCUUAUACACACACAAGUGUAAAGUGAUAAAGAAUAUGUACAUAAAGAUAUGAAUGAGUGAUGGUACAGAACGGCAUAGGCAAGAUGCAGUAGAUGGUAUCGAGUACAGUAUAUACAUAUGAGAUGAGUAAUGUAGGGUAUGUAAACAAAGUGGCAUAGUUUAAAGUGGCUACAGCAGCAGAUGUCACAGGGAUGUAUUGUCUGCAUGAUAUCAUACAUUAUAUACACUUGAGAGCAUCUGGGGUCGUCAAAAUCAUACAAUGUUUCUAACUUGGGUAAAUUCAGCAUUGUGACCUUUGCACUAAUGGUGCGGCGCAGAGAGGCUCAACCAGGAAAAACAAUUGUUACGCAACCGGUUCCCUACUCAGAAAAGGGGGGUGGUGAUUUGCUCCUGGGUUCUGUUGGAUUGUAAGGUCGGUAGGUAUGAUGUGAUGGUCUAGGAGGAAGAGAGAAAAUACACUGCUCAAAAAAUAAAGGGAACACUUAAACAACACAAUGUAACUCCAAGUCAAUCACACUUCUGUCCACUUAGGAAGCAACACUAAGUGUAACAUGUAUAGUGUUGAUUCAAGAGUUCAAUUAACACUCAGUGUAUUUUUACACUCAGAACCGCAGUGUUGGUGUUAAUAACCAGAGUUGAACCAAAGCCAUGCCCAUCGUUAUAUUUUACAGCAUGCUCUAUUGCAGAUUAUUUUUGUUUUGUUUCAAUGUCUAUGUUUUUGUAUGUACAUUGAUUAAUUAACCAUACACAUUUUUUAUUUAA